AUGAUUUUGGAAGAUAAGCAAGCCUUAUGCAACAGGGAGGAAAAGCUUUUCCCAGAGAUCGCAGCGUUACUGCCAGAAGACGAGGUUAAUGAGGUGCUCUACGGUUUUCGUCAAAUUAUUCCAUUAGUGCUGCUGUCGGUACCUAACCCACUUGAAAACAAAGGUCGUCGAAGUACGAUUGUCAUUCUGCGGUUGUUUUGUAGCAUACAAUUUGUUGAAAGUAUUCCUACUGGGAUGAACUUCUCCAAAGGUCCAAUUCAUCGUUCCACAUAUGGCGCUUGGAUUGAUUUGUUCAACAACGCGACUCGUACGAUUCAUAUAGCUGCGUUCUAUUGGAAUUUGAACUCGUCAGAUUACCGGACAUCUGACUUUGGACGACGCGUGUAUGCACAACUUGUUAGUGCUGGUCGCCGAGGUGUAGAUAUACGAAUUGCGCAAGACGUGAGUAAAGGUCUGUCGGAUAAUAAGGAUUCAAAAUGGCUGUCUAAGAUGGGUCUGGCUAAGGUUCGUACGGUGGAUUUUAAAAAGUUACUCGGCUUAGGUGUUUUGCACAGCAAAGUCAUCAUUGUGGAUCUAGAACACGUCUAUGUUGGCUCAGCGAAUAUGGACUGGAAGUCACUCUCUGAGGUGAAGGAGUUGGGACUGUACAUACGGAACUGUCCUUGCAUCGCUACUGAUUUAUUUAGAAUUUUUAAUGUAUAUUGGUACCUGGGACAGGAACGUGCUCAAAUACCUUCAAAGUGGCCAAAGUCAUUUGAAACUUCGUUUAAUCUUAAAUCACCAAUGAAAAUGUAUUUCGAUGGUGUUGAAACAGAUGUUUUCUUAUCGAGUUCACCAACUCCUUUCAAUCCUAAAGGACGCGAACAUGACUUGGAAGCGAUUACUUCGACUAUUUCAUUAGCCGAUCGAAGUAUUUGUAUAGCUGUUAUGGAUUACAUGCCACAAACGUUGUACAUGGAUGAUGACAAUAGAUACUGGCCUGUUAUUGAUGAUGCGAUUCGCUCAGCAGCAUUCAGAGGAGUUUCUGUAAGAUUGCUAGUGAGUAACUGGACACACUCCAAUCCUCACCAGCUAGCGUUUCUGAAGAGCCUCAUCGCUGUCAAUGAUGGUUUGCCGAAAAUAAGGGGACGCGAGGGGAGUGUUGAAGUGAAAUUGUUUACGGUGACGUCUUCUGAGGAACAGCAGAAGAUUCCGUUCGCUCGUGUUAACCAUAAUAAAUACAUGGUUACUGAUAAAACUGCCUAUGUCGGUACGUCUAACUGGGUUGGUGAUUACUUCAUCUCAACAGCUGGUGUUGGAGUUGUCAUGAAUAAUCGUGAAGGAAAAGGCGUUGUUGAGGAACUACAAGCUAUUUUUGACAGAGACUGGGAUUCUAAUUAUGCAGCAGAUAUCUAA